AUGGCUUCCCCAAGGCGUUCAUGGUCCUUGCCGCUGCUGCCACUGGAGAUAAUACAAGAAAUCUUUUACAGGACUCCGGCGGAAGCGCUCGUCCGAUCAAAACCGACGUGCAAGAAAUGGCACGCUCUCAUCACCAACAAAAGUUUCAUCAACAAACACUUGCAACGCUCCAAAGAACGUCCCCAAGAACGCUUCAUAAGAAUCUUCGACAAGGUACGAAUCAUGGAUCCAAUAACCAGAACAAGCGCAGCAUCACCAAUCCCAAACGAAUUACUACAACAUCAAUAUAACAUCAAUACUUUGAUCUACACGCUAAUGGUUCAUUGCGACGGACUCAUGCUGGUUGCGUAUCGUGGUUGGAAGUGCAGAAGCGACGGAUCAAUACUCCCCAACAUCGCACUUUGGAAUCCUCUUUUGAAUAAAAUCAAAUGGGUCGAGCAAGCCGCGGGGUGCAUCACGAGUAGUGACUACUACGGGAUCGGAUACAACGGCGAUGGUAAUUACAAGCUCGUGAGGUUCACGUGUCGUCCGUUUGAGGUCGAGGGUUUCGAGGACGUGCCAGAGGUUGAGAUUUACGAGUUCGAGACGAGUUCUUGGAGAACCGUAGGCGGCAAGGUUGAUGUCGACGUGGAGAUCACGAGGAAGUGUGUGUCUGUGAUGGGUAACAUGUAUUGGGUUGCUUAUAGAUGUUGGAAAGAAGAUGAAAAGUUCAUUAGAGUUUUCGAUUUCUCGGAUGAAACGUUCAAGGACAUAUGUUUCUGUCCUCCUUCUUACGGUGAUAAUAGUCACUUGUCUUGUUUCAACGGAGAUAGCUUGUCGUUGCUGCUGCAGCAAGACGAAGCGUCAAGGAAGAUUGAGGUGUGGGUUUCGAGCAAGUUGGGUGAUGGUGAUGUCACGUUUAGCAAAUAUUUCAGUUUGUCCGGUCCUGAUCUUCCUGCGUUACGGGUCCAAGCAAAAGCGGCUCGUCCUGUGUACUGCUUUGUGAAGCCUAAGAGUGUCAUCGUCUGGUGCGUGGAAGUUGAAGGAGAAGGUACUGAUGAGGCUUGUAGUUGCUGUACUCUUUAUGAGAUUGAUGAGGAUGGGGUGAAGAGUAAAAAAGUGACGGAACGAAACUACGCGCGUGACUAUUCUCGCGCCUUCGUUUGUGGGUAUGCGUAUGUUCCAAGUACUCUUUAUUUCUUGUUCGCCAAGCUUUCGUUUUGUUCUUUGUUUGUUGAUCUUCUGCCAUGUAUAUCUUGA